AGUAUAUUUACCCCGCAACAUCCCACUACCCUUCCUCCGCAUCUCCGCAACCACUUCACUUACUACUACAUACGACAUGGCGAUUCCUCAAACCCAAACCGCAGCUGUUCUCCCACCUUCUGGGGCAAAUGCCACUUCCAGAUUACAGAUUAUACAUGACCGUUCGAUCCCUGUACCCACUGAGGGAGAGGUCCUAGUCAAGCUCGAGUACUCCGGAGUAUGCCAUUCGGAUGUCCACAGCGUGCGCGGGGAAACUCCCAUGUUGACGGAUGUAGCUGGUCAUGAAGGAGUGGGAAAGGUGGUGAAAGUGGGCAGUGGUCUCGACGAGCAAACGUGGAUGGGACGAAGAGUUGGGAUACGAUGGCUGUAUAGCUCCUGUUUGGAGUGUGAGAUUUGCGCUAUCAAUAAUACGGCGUGUCCGUAUCAGAAGAAUGCUGGAGCGAAUGUCCCAGGGACAUUUCAACAAUACGUCGUCAGUCCUGCGAUUCAUGCAACUGUAAUCCCUCCUGAGCUAGCACCGGACGUAGCUGCACCACUCUUGUGCGCGGGCAUCGCCAUGUACUCCUCGAUCAUGAAGACCAAAACUCGACCCGGAGAUUGGAUUGUGCUUCCUGGAGCAGGUGGAGGCCUAGGACAUAUGGGUGUUCAAAUUGCUGCUAAGAAAGGACUCAAAGUCAUUGCAAUUGACAGCGGCGAGAAGAAAAGGCAGCUGUGCCUCUCCUUAGGAGCCCACGCCUUCCUAGACUACAAAACAGACGACGUAGAGCGUGAAGUGAAGGCUCUGACCUCAGGGCUAGGUGCGCAUGCUGUCAUCUGCACAGCCAAUAAUGAGCCAGCAUACACACAGAGUAUGAAAAUGCUUCGCAGCUUGGGUGUUUUGGUAUGCGUGGGUAUACCAAGUGUGCCGUUUAGGUUACCGGCGACGCCGUUUGAGAUGAUUGUGAAAGGACUAACAAUUGUUGGCAACUCUGCCGGAACCGCCAAGGAGAUGGAAGAGUUGAUGGACAUGGCUGUAAGAGGCGAUGUGACAGCACAUAUCGAGUGCUUUGAAUUCGACUGCAUCGAUGAUGUCCUGCAGCGACUGGGGCGAUCUGAGAUCGAGGGACGGGCUGUUGUGCGCAUUCCCGAGUAAACCCGAGUCUUUGCUCAUUAUCAUCACAGGCAGAUAAUAUGGUUUGCCUUGAUGAUAAGCCACGUUCAGUAAGACGUACAGUACAGUAC